CCCGGGAGCGCGCACGUCCCGGAGCCCGUGCCGACCGCAGGCGCCGUAUCCGCGCUCGUCUACCACCCCGGUUACGCGGUUGCACGCCGGCCUCAGCCCUGAGGAGCCGGACCCAUGUGGAAACUGCUGCCCGUCGCGGGUCCGGCAGGAGGAGAGCCAUACAGACUUUUGACUGGCGUUGAGUACGUUGUUGGAAGGAAAAACUGUGCCAUUCUAAUUGAAAAUGAUCAGUCAAUCAGCCGAAAUCAUGCUGUGUUAACUGCUAACUUUUCGGUAACCAACCUGAGUCAAACAGAUGAAAUCCCUGUAUUGACAUUAAAAGAUAAUUCUAAGUAUGGUACCUCUGUUAAUGAGGAAAAAAUGCAGAAUGGCUUUUCCCGAACUUUGAAGUCGGGGGAUAGUAUUACUUUUGGAGUGUUUGAAAGUAAAUUCAGAGUAGAGUAUGAGCCUUUGGUUGCAUGCUCUUCUUGUUUAGAUGUGUCUGGGAAAACUGCUUUAAAUCAAGCUAUAUUGCAACUUGGAGGAUUUACUGUAAACAAUUGGACAGAAGAAUGCACUCACCUUGUCAUGGUAUCAGUGAAAGUUACCAUUAAAACUAUAUGUGCACUUAUUUGUGGACGUCCAAUUGUAAAGCCAGAAUAUUUUACUGAAUUCCUGAAAGCAGUUCAGUCCAAGAAGCAGCCUCCACAAAUUGAAAGUUUUUACCCACCUCUUGAUGAACCGUCUAUUGGAAGUAAAAAUGUUGAUCUGUCAGGACGACAGGAAAGAAAACAAAUCUUCAAAGGGAAAACAUUUAUAUUUUUGAGUGCCAAACAGCAUAAGAAAUUGAGUUCUGCAGUUGUCUUUGGAGGUGGGGAAGCUAGGUUGAUAACAGAAGAAAAUGAAGAAGAACAUAAUUUCUUUUUGGCUCCGGAAACGUGUGUUGUUGAUAUAGGAAUAACAAACUCACAGACCUUAAUUCCUGACUCUCAGAAGAAAUGGAUUCGGUCAAUAAUGGAUAUGCUCCAAAGGCAAGGUCUUAGACCUAUUCCUGAAGCAGAAAUUGGAUUGGCGGUGAUUUUCAUGACUACAAAGAAUUACUGUGAUCCUCGGGGCCAUCCCAGUACAGGAUUAAAGACAACAACUCCAGGACCAAGCCUUUCACAAGGCUUGUCAGUUGAUGAAAAACUAAUGCCAAGCGCCCCAGUGAACACUACAACAUGCGUAGCUGACACAGAAUCAGAGCAAGCAGAUACAUGGGAUUUGAGUGAAAGGCCGAAAGAAAUCAAAGUCUCCAAAAUGGAACAAAAAAUCAGAAUGCUUUCACAAGACACACCCACUAUAAAGGAGUCCUGCAAAACAAGCUCCAAUAAUAAUAGUAUGAUAUCAAAUACUUUAGCUAAGAUGAGAAUCCCAAACUAUCAGCUUUCACCAACUAAAUUGCCAAGUAUAAAUAAAAGUAAAGAUAGGGCUUCUCAGCAGCAGCAGACCAACUCCAUCAGAAACUACUUUCAGCCGUCUACCAAAAAAAGGGAAAGGGAUGAAGAAAAUCAAGAAAUGUCUUCAUGCAAAUCAGCAAGAAUAGAAAUGUCUUGUUCUGUUUUAGAACAAACACAACCUGCUACACCCUCAUUAUGGCAAAAUAAGGAGCAGCAUCUAUCUCAGAAUGAGCCUGUGGACACAAACUCAGAUGAUAACUUAUUUACAGAUACAGAUUUAAAAUCCAGUGUGAAAAAUUCUGCCAGUAAAUCUCAUGCUUCAGAAAAGCUAAGAUCAAAUAAAAAAAGAGAAAUGGAUGAUGUGGCCAUAGAAGAUGAAGUAUUGGAACAGUUAUUCAAGGACACAAAACCAGAAUUAGAAACUGGUGUGAAAGUUCAAAAACAAGAGGAAGAUGUCAAUAUUAGAAAAAGGCCAAGGAUGGAUAUAGAAACAAAUGAUACUUUCAGUGAUGAAGCAGUACCAGAAAGUAGCAAAAUAUCUCAAGAAAAUGAAAUUGGGAAGAAACGUGAACUCAAGGAAGGAUCACUAUGGUCAACUAAAGAAGAAAUAUCUAACAAUGACAAACUUCAGGAUGAUAGUGAGAUGCUUCCAAGAAAGUUGUUAUUGACUGAAUUUAGAUCACUGGUGAUUGAAAACUCUACUUCCAGAAAUCCAUCUGGCAUAAAUGAUUAUGGUCAACUUAACAAUUUCAAGAAAUUCAAAAAGGUCACAUAUCCUGGAGCAGGAAAACUUCCACACAUCAUUGGAGGAUCAGAUCUAAUACCUCAUCAUGCUCGAAAGAAUACAGAACUAGAAGAGUGGCUAAGGCAGGAAAUGGAGGUACAAAAUCAACAUGCAAAAGAAGAGUCUCUUGCUGAUGAUCUUUUUAGAUACAAUCCUUAUUUAAAAAGGAGAAGAUAACUGAGGAUUUUAAA